UUUUUCUGCUAUCAAUUAUUCGGCCUGGAAUAAACGAGGAAGCGGACGUUGUCAGAACAACACGGAGCUAUCAAAGCUAGCUGGGCCAAACAAAAUAACUGCUUUACCAGUCGGGUUUCUCCCCACACAACUGGUCAGACAACUGGACAGUUUUAUAAACGGCCUCGUUUUGACAGGUGAAUGCUCAUGCAGGAGGGCAGGCUGCUGUCAUGUUUGGAUUUGGAGGCUCUUCCUUCCUCCAGGCUGGUGAUGUCGGUGGGACUCGCUAGUUACGCCUGAGCUCUUCCCAGCGCUGCUGCUUCACAAGUUGGCUGUUGUUGUCGGGGAAUGAUGAUGCACGGCGUGUCCCAGGACCCCUCACAGGGUACAGGCCAAGGAGGGGAGGUGGUACACACAUUAUCUAAAGAGACCUCCGGGUCUCCAGAUGCCUCUGAGUUGGGCAGCCCGCGGUGUACACCAAACUUUGACCUCUUCAACAUGGUUGUGUCCUAUAAGAGAAUGGCUCUGUUUCUAGAACCAGUUGCCGAUGCAUUGGAGCUGGCCCGCUUUCUGCUCGGAUGGAAGAUGCCCCUGUGCUCUCUGCUUGUCUGUGUAUUCCUCAAUGUCUUCUUCUGCACUGUUAAUGAAGUGGGUUGGUUCACAGUGGGUGUGGUGGCACUGACGGCGCCUGCUGCCCUGGGUUAUCUGCAGGACAGGUGUGGGGGCAGAGCCUCAGACGCUGAGCUCCAGCGGAGGCGCUACCAUGCUGUGCACCGCAGAGACCUGCAGACGGUGCAUCUCACCAAACAGGAGGCCAUGCUGGAAGUCAAAGACCUGUUGAAGCACCUGGAUGACAUGCUAUCCUCUGCCGUCCUGUCUGCUGAAGCUAUUUACAAGGUCCUGUAUUGGGACAGUCACACCAAGUCAUCAAGGUUCUAUGCAGGGAUGUUAAUAUUGGCGUGUCUGCUCUACGUCGCUCCUGUGGGCUGGGUGCUCGCUGGGCUCAACAGCGUCGUCUUCCUGUGGAACAGAGACUUUUGCAGAGUUUUGUUGGACCUCAGGAAGCUGUCCUACAUGGGCCAGGCCCAGACCUCAGAGGGGGCGUGUGAAGAACAGGAACAGGGCAACUUGUUGGACAGGACCCCCACACCAACAAGUCUGGAGGACCUGUCUCCUGGCAGUGUGGAGGAAGCUGAGGAGGCAGAGCCUGAUGAUGAAUUCAAGGAUGCCAUUGAGGAGCAUUCAAUGUCCCUGCAGGAAACGCCUUUGGUCUUAGUGGAGGAUGAUGACGGGCCUCUUGGAGCUCCCGAGUAUGACACCAUCUCUGAAAAUGGUCUCUUGAGCCGCAAUGAACCAAUACGCAGUAAAGUGUCCAAACUGACAGAGAAACUGCGUAAACGCUACCCCACCACCAGCACAGGCAACUGUUCUAGCUGCAAUGCUGUCUUCUCAGUGCUGAAGAAAAGGAGGAGCUGCAGUAACUGUGGCAACAGCUUCUGUUCCCGAUGCUGUUCCUUUAAGGUGCUGAGAUCUUGCAUGGGGGCGACAGCUCCAGAGGCACAGAGGGAGACUGUGUUUGUUUGUGCUGCCUGUAAUUCCUCUCUCAUCAAGUUACAAUGAGCUGGCAUGUCAGUCUUGUCUGCCAGCAGCCAGCUGGAGGUCAUUCACUGUUCGCCCCCGAGCCCUACUCCAAGUUACUGAAACCCUAACACAUGCCUUGAUUUUUGCCUUGGUUAAGGCACUUCUAUCUGUCAAGAUACCUCCCGUGUUGAACUCCAAGAACCCCCCCAUGCCUUUACCAGUUGCAUCCCUUCUUAGCUACUCUUGUUGCUUAUGGGACUUCUACUGUAAUAUGUUAAAUAUUUCCUGUUUCAACUCUCAAUGAAGAACUGGACGUUAUGAAUCAAUGAGACUUACUACAGAGCACAGUGGCUCCAAACUCAAAAGACCUGUUCCCUUUGCUGAGCAGAGGGAGGUGCAAAGUAUGCAGGGUGGAGGCCAGGAUAGGGCUGGUGGUGUCAGGUGAUACAAAUAAGCUUUUAGGCUGUCAAAAGGUUUUGCUUUUACUUUGCCUUGCCAUAAAGUUGAUUCCACUUGAAUGUUGACAUAUUCAGCCCUGUCUAGCAGCUUAACUGUACUGUAACGCUGAGGACUCCUCUGAACGAACAAGACUAAGGCCGGCACUGUAUAAAUUUGGCAUGUUUUUAGAUUGUUGAUGAAUGUGAUGGUGUGAGCAAAGGCUGGCAGUGUGAAUUUACUUUGUUCUGAUGAACAAAAUAAUGGACAUAUGACCAAAAGAAGCUCUACAUUUGGCUUUGGUUUCCAAGUGUGUGCAGGCAGGCCAGCCAAACCUGUCCGAUUUUUUUAAAACCCUAACCCUUUGCUGUCCACCAAUACACUUUGACCUGCAGUUGGUCAAUAAUGUCAUGUGAUAAGUUCUGGGUUUGUCCAAGUUUUUGAGGACAAUGUUUUCAAUUUGAUUUUCUUCUUGUUUUACUAGUUGUGUCUGCUGCCACUGUUACCCUCAUGCUCCUCUUGUUGGUAUGCACAUUAUUUACCAGACCUCAAGUUGGUAAGCGUACGGGCUCAGAGAGCCAUAUUCAAGAGCAUUUUGAGCCAAUGUCAAAUUUGAGUGUAGAUGCAGUUCUGCCACUGAAAUACUGGAAAACUCACUCACUGGAGGUUUGCUUUUUUAAAUGAUGUUCCCACCAGCUAGAGGAACUUACAAAACAUUAGGGGAAUAGAUAUAACAUUCCAUCAAACAAUGGUAACUCUAUGGCAGUAAACUGAAAGUACAUGGCCUGCAAUGAAUCACAUUACAUUUUUGACAGGUUGCCAGUGAUGGUGUUGUGGAGGGCAGUGAACAAGGCUUUGUGGACAUUUUGACAAAUUUGUUUAGCGAACCAGCUUGGUCGUCUACAUGUUAUAAUCAAAUUAAUGCUUCAUUUUGGUCGUCAUUUUUCCUGUGUUGACAUGUCAGAUUAGGGUUUUUGGAAUAUAGCAGCAGCCCGUAAGUCACAAAACUGAGGUCCCUGGAGCUUUUCAUCUAACUGGAUCAAAGUCGACCCAACUGGAUUAAAGUUGUUUAAAUGGACUGAGCAACCAGCUGAAAGUGUCAUCAGAGUCUCACACUCUUGCAAGCAGGACUUAAAAGAAUUGAUGUGGAGGCAUUAUAACCCAAAAUGUGGAUCUUGGUGGGAAAGUUGUUUUAAUCAAGAUUCAGACACAGAUGAUUGUAAUUGUUUGCUUUGCUUUUAUUGUAAUCAUAUAUCAACUGUUACUAUAACUUGUUCUACUAUAUCUAAUAUAUUUAAUUUAAAACUCCAGAAAGUGCAAGUUAUUAUUUGACCUAAUGAUUCAUUCUGUAUAUACUGCCUUUAUUUUAUGGAUGAAAUAUGCCAUUAUUGAAAUAAAGUCUGUGAUGAUUUGAUUAACUUAAGGUCACAAGUGGUAAGUAUGGACUUUUUGACUUGGAGAUUUCUCGCAGGCUCUGCUGGUGUCUUUGCUUCAGUAGUAUGGAAACAAAGAAAGGUCAUAAUAAAAACAUUUAUAAGCAAA